AUGACUCUUCUUUCACUAAAGAAUAAGCACCUAAUAGAAGUCUUAUGUGACGAAAUUCUCAUAAAUUACCUGAUCAAUGAAGAGCUCCUCUCAAACUGGCGAGUUGACCUUUCGGAUGAUUAUACGAGCCUAAAUGCAAUCAUAGAAGAGGAUGUAGUAUUGACUAUCGGAGAAAUACCAAUUGCAUACGAUAAAGUUGAGGCUUUCAUCGAUAGGGUUUUGAAAUUGAGUGAGGAGACCUAUCAGGACUUCAAAGUGAUUAUAUUGGAGUUGUUAAUUCAUAUCAUGGACAUGUCUUACAUUAUUAAGAUUGAGUUGUUCAAUCAAAAGCUACACCACUUCUUGAUAGACAAGCUAUUAGAACUACUUACUGAUAGUGAACCUGAUAUAUCCCGCCUUAAUAAGCCUUCAACUAUCAACCAAAUUUUCCGGAUGGUGUUAAUCUUCCUUGAAUUGGGAUGUGAAGUCUACCAUUUCCGAAAAUUAAUAACUUUCCUAUUCAAUUCAGAAAGAUCUUCAAGAAACUCAAAAAAGGUCCAUUCCUCAGCAUCCAAAUUUAUCAUCCUUGAACUUCUUCACCGUCUGUUUACCAGGUACCCAUCCCAUUUCAGAUUCGCUCUAUUUAAUAAAAUCACCAGCUUCCCGUUUGUCAAUGAGAAUUUAAAGAAGAAGUUCACAAUUCAAACAUGGUUCAAGAUCAACAACUUAAGCCCUAGCAAUGAUGAACCAGUUUCCUUGUUUAUUUUGACUAAUUCCAACGCUUCCGAUCUUGACCAAACUACCUUCAAAAUCCAAUUAAUCAAUUCUCAGAAAGUUUCAAUCGAGAUCAAGAACCAUAAAACAAAAUCCAGGACCCAAUUUACAUUCAAUCAGAUUCUCCAAAUAGGAGCGAGAAGUAGUGAAACCGCAGAUUCGAAUAAUCAAGGCUACAUACACUUAGCAUUAACAUACGAUACAUCUUCAAAUUUGAAUUUGUUUCUUAAUGGGGAGUACAGUGAAUCUAUCCCGUGUCCAGAAAUUCACAAAGUAUUCUCGACUUGGAACAAGCUAUACAUUGGAAAUGAACCAUCUGAGAGCACUAAUUUUGGAAAUGCACAAAUUUCUGAUGAGAUACUUAUAAAGAAUUUGACCAUAUUGAAUACAAACUUAUCACAUGAGUGGAUCAACUUGUUAUACAAUUUGGGUUUAGGAUACGAUUGGGACUUUAAAGAUUUUACUACCGAGAAUUUGGUCAACCUAUUGCACCAUUUGAGCCCAAGAGGAUUAUUUAAUGUUGCUACAAAGAUUAACGAAUUAAAGAUACGCAAAAAGGAUCCUACUAAUUCUAAUGACUCCAUUGGGGCUAGCAAUGUAUCAAAAAGUUCGAGCGGGCAUUUCACUCUUGGAAGAUCAGGAGUCAAUUCCUCCGAGUCAACAAACCUAUUAGAUAAGCAAAGAAUAGCAGAUUCUUUAUCCAAAUUGAAACAAGAAACUGUAUUGUUUGAUACAAAUGAAUUUUUCAAUGGCCUAAAUGAACAAUACAAAUCAGAUAGGUCUUUUGCCGUUUCAGCAUUUAAAUAUCACAACUCCAUUUCAAUUCAUGGUGCUCUCUACGGAGUUGGUGGCACAUCUCUUGUUUUGCGACUCAUUGAGGCAUCUUUAGAAAUUCAAGACGGAAGAAUCAGAGACUCUACUAUUUACAAGUCAUUUUCUUUGUUGUUUACUCUAUUGAACAAUAGCUGGCGCCUUGCGAAAGAGUUCGAAAAUAUCAAUGGAUACGGGUUGUUAUCAAUCUUGUUGACGAAUUACAAGCAAAACUAUAACCCGUCUUUGAAAUUAUCAUUGCUAGAUGGGAAAGAAGACAUAAUCAAGAAGGGUGAAGAAUCUCCAAAUAACUUAUUAAGCUUAAUUCUUAGCUUUGGUGGAUAUGACUUUCUUAAUCCAUAUGAAUCAAUCAUUAUCAACUCGUUUCCCUAUCGAUUCUUACUCCUCAACUUUGACUUGUUCCACGAAUCACCAUCUUUUGAAUACUUGCUUUACCAUUUUCAAAUCCUUAUACAUGGCUCAAGAUACCAGAAGUUUAAUAGAAUCGAGCUUUCAAAGAUGAAAUUACUUAGAAAGUUGGUACAAUUCUUGAAAUCACCAUCCUUAUUGUUAACCCCCUUAAGCGCACCAGCGCUUGGUCAGUUAGCAUCAACAAUUACCAGCAUAAUUAAAUCUGAUACCUCAGUGGAAACCAUCAAGUCAAUUUCAUUGUAUGUCAUUUACGCCAUUUACAAUCCAGAUUGCUCUACCGAUUUGGGGGUAAGACUUUUAUACGUAUUGACGGAUAUUUUAUGCGAUAAUAAUUCAUCUAUAAAAACAUUGAAGAAGUUUUCGAGGUCUAUUACAAUUCAUUGGAUUUUAUUGUUGCUUAAUUGUACCAGUAAGAAGGUGGUAACAUGUGGAAUAAAGCUAUUAAGCAAACUUUUGAAGAUUUUAGGCCCACAUAUUAUCAAACGAUUUUUUGAGGUAAAUCAUGGAUUAGAUAUCUUGACUCAUUAUUUACGGGUAUGGUGGGAAGAUGAAAAGAUUUUAUGCUUAUUAUACUUGUCAAGUUUUGGAAAUGAUAAGAUCGACGAUGUGAAUCUAGAUGAGGUAGAUUUAAUUUCCAUUCAAAGUAAUCAUAAUUCAACGCAGUUGGUGUUACCCGAGUUCUUGAUCUUAAUGAACAAUAUUGUUUUGAACUCAUUGUAUACUUUGAGUUUAAAGAGUGGAAGACUUUUGGGUAGUAAUCCUUCAUCGCCCCGGAAAUCUGAGCAAGAGCAAGAGGAUUUGACCUUGUCAAUGAAUGUACUCCAUUUAUUAAAUAAGUACAUUGACAGUAUCAAAAAAGGAUUUGAAGCUUCUGGCACAUUACGUCAAUUUUAUUUGUCUAAAGAGUUCCUUGAUGGGAUCUUCGAGUUAUUGGGGCAUUUGAAGUUAUCGACAACCUGGGGUCUUAAGUUGAACCGCAACUUUGUUGAGGUCACCCUGAAAUUAAUUAGGGUGCUUUCAGAUUUGUUUAUUGAAAAUUUUAUCAAUGAUACGUUCAUGUCAUCAUUCGAGAAUUUGAAUGCUUCUACUAGGGUCUUAAUUCUUGACUCCAUAUUUCCAAGGAUAUUCGAGCACAUCAAUCAAUUCGUUAAUGUGUCAAACUUUAUAUUCAAUGAGAAAAGGUUCAUUGAUUCGACAGUUUCAUUGAGUAUCUAUUACUUGCAAGAGCUUAUUAAGAAGAAUUAUUUCUUAUCACAUGAAGAUUUGGACAUUUACAUAACUUGUAUUUGUUCAUUGAUGGAAGUUGCUGGAGAGCACUCUGGAAUAAGAAAAAUCAAGAGAGAAUUGGGCGGUUUGAUCAUAUUAAAAUUCGUAAAACUUGAUGAAGAAAUCAAGAAAAACCUCAAAGAUGUGGAUGAUCAAGAGCGAGCUUUUAGACUCGUUCAGAGUAUUUCUGAUGAAUUGGCUCAGGAACUUUCUAGUGGUUCCAAUAACAAGGAGCUUACUCCAGAAAGACCAAAGACUCCCGAUGGAAGCACAUUUAAGAAAACACCGGAUUCAUUCAACACUUCUUUGAAAUUUUUACUUUACAGACAGGUAACCAUUUUGCAAAAGGACGUAAUGGAUGACAGAAAGCUAAGUGAGCUUAUAAUUCUUAUCCUCGGAAUGUUUUUAAGAUCACCUCAUGAUGUUCAACUUCAGGAUAUGGAACAUGUGUUCAAUUUUUUGCGAACCUGCUACCUUAUGAGGCAGGAUGAUUUUCAACACGUUAUCAAGUUCUUGGAUUUAGGUGAGGACACUGGUUUAGUAUUUGAGUUCUUCCAAUUACUAGUCAGUAGAAAUGAUGAAGAGUCUUUUCAAAAGUUGACGAAGUAUUCUCGCAUACCACGGGAGUUGAUCAAAAACUCAAACAAGCUAGUUGCAAGAUUUCAUGAUCUCACAUACUUGCAUGUCAAGGACAUGCUUGGAGUGACUCUUCAUAAUGGUGGUAUGUUGGGCCAAUUGAACAACAUAUACAUCAAGAGCUUCGAGAAAGACUGUGAGCUGCUAAAAUCAUCGAUCAUCCAAGGCGAGUUGACCAAAUUCAAUAGGGCAAUUCAAGAUUUGCAGGAAAAUGCCCAGUUUUUCAUUUCUAAUUACAACUUGUUAAAGAACGAUGUAUCCAGGUUACUACAUGGUGGAAUAAAGCACAAGAACUACAUGCUAGAUUAUAUCGAGAACCAUGACAGAAUGAGAAAAAGGCUUAUUGUUGAGGAUCAAAUACCAGAUUCAGAAAAGCUUUCCUACAAUAUUAAUAUUCCUAUUAAGAAGUUUCAUGAACUCGACGAGAAUUUGUCGGGUUUGAAUUACUAUGAUGAGGUAAUUAGCUCCAAUGGGAUUGACACUCUUUCACUCUCAUCCGCAGAUGGUCUUGAUGGGGAUGUAUCCUUGUUGGAAGACGAAGGGUUCGAGAUAAUUGAUGGUACCUUGGGAAGCUCUUACGAAGACAAGAAUAGAAAAGUUAUUCGAAGUUUGUUUAUGGGAGAUCAAAUUUCAGCGCUAUGGAACAUUAGCCAGAUUAAUGGAUUAGUACCUGUGGAGAGCUUGAUGAUUUUGGGUACUAGCCACUUGUACUUGAUCGAGAAUUAUUUCCAUUGCAACGAUGGAAAUGUUAUUGACGUUCAGGAUGCCCCUGUCGAGUUGAGAGAUCCUAUUCUUCAUCUGAUCAAUUCUCAAUCCUCUAAUAUUUUGAAAAAUGAUGUUAGGAGUCAUCGUAACAAAAGUUGGAGUUUAGGAAAGCUAAGCUCGAUUUCAAAGCGUCAAUUCUUACUAAGGGAUAUUGCUAUCGAAAUGUUCUUUAGUGAUGGAGCUAGUAUUUUGAUCACUUGCUUAUCCACUAAAGAAAGAGAUGCCAUUUAUAACAAGUUAUAUCAUUAUGUUUCAGGAAAAGGGCUUGAUUAUGACUUGUCUCAGGUAUUACAAUCAUCCAGUUCAAUGUUGAACAAUAACUCAUUCUCGUUAACCAAAUUGGCGUCUGCAUUUUCCUCGCAAUCCUCUUCAGUCUCUUCAGCAUCUUCAACCUCAUCGUUUGUACUUGCUACGAAGAAGUGGAAAAUGGGAGAAAUGUCUAACUUCUACUACUUGAUGAUAAUCAAUACAUUAGCAGGAAGAACAUUCAACGAUUUGACUCAGUAUCCAAUAUUUCCUUGGGUAAUUGCUGAUUAUACUAGUGAAACAUUGGACUUAUCAAACCCUAAGAUAUUCAGAGAUUUAUCGAAACCAAUGGGUGCACAAACACCAAAUAGAGCAAAUCAGUUUAAGGAAAGAUUUGAUGCGUUAGCGAGUUUGAAUGAUCAUGAGGCACCCCCAUUUCAUUAUGGUACUCAUUAUUCAUCUGCAAUGAUAGUGACAUCGUUCUUGAUCCGGUUAAGGCCAUUCGUCCAAUCUUAUUUGUUAUUGCAAGGGGGAAAAUUUGAUCAUGCUGAUAGAUUAUUUAAUUCUGUUCUAAAAGCUUGGAACUCUGCCUCGCGAGACAAUACCACAGAUGUGAGGGAACUCACCCCCGAGUUCUUUUAUCUUCCAGAAUUUUUGGUCAAUACGAACAACUUUGAGUUUGGAUUGACCCAAAAUGGUGAUGCUCCGAAUAAUGUUGAAUUGCCCCCAUGGGCUCACAAUGAUCCAAAGAUAUUCAUUGCCAAAAACAGAGAAGCUCUAGAAAGCUCAUACGUCUCAGCUAACUUACACCUUUGGAUUGAUUUGAUUUUUGGAUUCAAGCAGAAUGGCCCAGAAGCUGAAAAGUCAUUGAAUGUUUUUCAUCAUCUUUCAUACAAUGGUGCAAUCAAUCUUGAUAAUGUGAACGAUGAUCUCGAAAGGAGGGCAAUAAUUGGGAUGAUCAAUAACUUCGGGCAAACGCCCAAACAGUUAUUUAAUAAUCCACACCCAAUGAAGGAGGUUUUGAAUUUGCCAAACUACUACUUGACAACACUCAGUGAGAGGUGUGUGACACCCAAGCUUCUUUUUGAAUCUAAAUUGAAUUUACCAAUUGAAAAGCUCGAGAUUAGUGCAAAAAUUGGUAGGAAAUGGAUUGGUAGACCUUCUUGCAUCAGUUCUGAAGACGACCUAUUAAUAAGAAAGGCCAACAAAUUCAAGUACGAUAGCGGAUCAUUAAUCAUCAAUCAAACAACGUUUUUGAAUAUUCACCUGUCAAACAUCACUGCAAUUGCCCCAAUUGGGCACAAGACGUUUUUGACUGGCUCUGAAGAUGGAAUUAUCAACGUGUGGAAAUGUAACACCAGGCCCCACAUAUCGUUACAGUUUCAAAGUGUUUUGAGGGGGCAUAUAUCACCAAUCACUGCAUUGAAGUUUAGUAAGAGUUUCAAGAUUGGGGUUAGUGUGGACUUGGACAACCUCGUGUUUGUGUGGGAUUUGACGAGAUUUAAGUUCAUUCGGAGAUUGACCCCUCCAGAAGGGAUUGUGAAGAGUGCAAUCGCAAGCAUCUCCAAUGAUACUGGGAACAUUGGGAUAGUAUAUCGGAUGAAAGAUCAUAACCAGCUCCAAAUAUAUACAGUUAACGGGGAAUUGAUCCUUGAUACAGAAUUUGGGGAUCAAACCAUAACCAGUUUCUGCUUUGGAAGCAUCAAUGAUCCCAUGGUGGAUACGGGUAAUAACCUGACUCUUAACAAUCAUGCAUACUGGUCCAAUGAAGUAAUAGCCGUUGCCAUGUCCAAAACAAUUCAAGUUUUUGAGCUCACUCCGUUAUUGGACAGUGACUGGAGGUUGAUUUGCAUCGACUCUCUUGACUACACAAACGUGCUUGGUGGUGGGAUCAGUGUGAUGCAAUUGUUCAAGUACACUGAAGUCGACCCCGAGGAUAAGUUGGUGAGAGGAAUAUUGAAGAUAGUGAUCGGUGACAGCACGGGUAAGGUAUACUCUAUUUAA